AUGUUUUCUGAGUCAGAGCUGGUCUUUUUGGCCUUUGUUUUUAUCGUUACACUUGGCUGUUUCAUGCUGGGAAGAAGACGAAGAGACAUUCCUCCAGUAAGAAGGCCAAACAAGAAGAAACGCAAACGAAUAAACUGUAACCGUGAUGAAGUGAUGAAGAUGGCUUAACUGUUUUGUUUUUAAAAUAGCAAUUAAAUUUCCGAUUCGCAUGUUUUGAGCAUUUUUUUUGUAUGUAUCGCAUAGGGCUUUGUAGCAUAAAAGUAAGGGUCUAGUAAACGUAUUAGUGCAUUAUAACAUUUACUGACAGUUUUUGCCGGGUCAGUAAAUUGACCAAUUUUAGACUGUAUGUUAUUGGCGGGGAAUCCCGGCCUAAUAAAAAUCGAGGCCUUCUAGGUUGUUUUCUGUUCACAUGGGCAAAACCGGUCGCUUAUGAAAAGCAACACUCAGUACUUGAAAUUUUCAUUACGGAAUCGCGUUUACCAUUUGCACAAAUUAGUUCUAUUUACCGAAAACGAAAACAAACAAACAAACAAAACAAAACAAAACACACAAAACAAAACAAGGCUCUACGUUAAAUAUACUGACUGAAAUUGGAAGUGAAAGUGCGAGGUAGAUCACACGCUUACUGGGUCAAACCGAUAGUUUUGGGAGUUCUUUCCGACUGGUUAUAAAAUUGUUCGGCUAAUAAAAAUAAACUAAAGCAAAUGGAACAGGCAAACUAAAACAUUUCUCACUAACAAAAUCACGGCCGCGUAAGAUUCAAAGAUUUUCCAAGUAUAGGCAAUAACACUUUUAAAACAUUGGGAAGCUUUCUUUCUUACCUAACUUGAAUCCGCUUUCAUCUUAAGACGCGCGUGUUGCCCUUCGCGCCUUUAAAUGCUUAAGCAAAUAUAACACCCGCUGACAAGUACUGGAAUCGACAUACGGCCUGUGGCCUAGCUGACGUUAGAACUGAUUAUAGACAUUUAAAAAAUACGUGAAACACUUCAGUACGGAAUUAUAUAGGACUGAGCUCAUCAAUUUAAGUUAGCUGCUAAGAGUUUCAUUAAGGUAAGUGUAACUACUUCAUUUAAAUGAUUUAAUAAGGCCUUUCGCAAAAAUUCCGAGUGAAACUGACAUCGACCGAAUUAAAAAGAAAAAUGUUUGACUCAGUGAAAUUAGCCUUGUGAUGGGAAAUGUUAAUGCGCCAUUCACAGUUUCACAGAACUAUUGCUUAUAAUUAGUCAGUGCUCAAUACUACCAUGGUUUAAUCCCUGAGGCAUGGCAAGUUAAAUCAAUUUUUAACGUGCAGGUUCCCAACGUUUCUAUGGCUACAUUGGAACUAAUUAUAACUCUUUUUUCAUGCAAAUUGUCAGCACGAGUUAGUGAGUUAUUUAUGCUUUUGGGGCUAUUAAAGGACAAAAAAGCUAACAGAAAAAGCGCGCUGAGUUCUUUCCUCUUAAAACUCGCAGCCAAGUAUGAAUCUUAAUAUAUCGGAAUUGGUUUAUUCAAAGCCUCCCAUGCAGUCAAAUUCGACGAUUAUGCGACGUAUAAAUGAAUCGGUUAAAUUCGUCUGAAGAAUUAGAUUCGUCCAAGACAUUUUAUCCGUCUUUUUUGGAAUUUUGAAUUAAAGCGAACAUUUUCUCUCAAAAAUUGCUUUCAUUUUCAUUUUCUCGGAAAAAAUUUAAUUCAUAUGUAUUUUCAGAAAAUUCCACUAAAACACUCGAAUGCUUCUUCAUGCUUUUACUUCACUAAAAUGCUCGAAAAAUGCAAGCAUUAAGUACAAAAGCUUCACGCUUAGAAGACCUCGCCAUGUGACAUAAUUAUUCAGGGAAGUGAUAUUAGACCCUGUUUACAUGGAGUGGGGGACCCCGGUCUAGUGGGGUAGGUUUCUUUUGUUUUGUGUCCUCCAGAGCGUGGAAACAAAAGAAACCAACCCCACUAGACCGGGGUCCCCCACUCCAUGUAAACAGGCCCUAAAUGAUCAAUACCAUUUGCGUAACCUUCACUCUUAUUGUUCAAUUAUACCAGUAUUUAAAAUACAGUCAAAGACUACAUAAGCUUACAUAAGCCAUUGUUAAUGGGGCCCACAAGCACCCUGGCACGAGUGUCAAAACAAACGGGAGCAGCCAAUUAUUAGCAUUAUUGUUAAUGGGCCCACAAGCACACCGGCAUGAGCGUCAACACAAACGGGAGCAGCCAAUUAGGUAUUGACUUUGGUAUGGGCGCAGGCAGAUGGUCUGGUAUCAGACGACGUCUGAGAUACAGGCAAAGACUUCAUAAGACACAAACCCUCACAUUAACUCGCCACACGUGGGAGUUCACUGGAGGUGAAGGAGCUUGCUUCUAUCAAAAACAAAAUAAGCAACCUGAAUGUUUUCUGAAUCAGAGCUGGCCUUUCUGGCCUUUGUUUUCAUCGUUACACUGGGCUGUUUAAUACUGGGAAGAGGACGAAGAGACAGCCCUCCAGUAAGAAGGCCAAACAAGAAGAAACAAAAACGAGUGAAAUGUAACCACUGCAGCCUUAACGGUCAGAACAAGAAUAAGCGGCCCCCAGAAGAAAAUGACGACGACGAAUCUUACAACAGUCGUGGCACGUUAUUCAGGUAG